AUGGAGCUUAGAUCUGUUUUGGACAGAUUAGAGUCAAUUAGGAGAAAUUUUUUUUUGGGAGGCUGUGAAGAAAGACGCAAGAUUAAUUGGGUGGCUUGGAAUGUUGUGCUAGGGCCUAAAGGAAAUGGAGGUCUUGGUAUUGGUUCUCUUGAAUCAUUGAACAUUUCUUUGCUUAUCAAGUGGUUAUGGAGGUUUUAUGAUGAAAGAGAUUCUUUAUGGAGGAGGGUUAUUUGUGGAAUUCAUAAUUGUGAAAGGAAGCAUGUGGACAGGUGGGCCAAAAAAUCGUUAGGUGGGUGUUGGUUUAAUAUUAUCAACGUCGUUUCUCGUCUCAACGACUUGGGGGUGAAUUUCAAGUCUACUUUUGACAUCUGUCUUGGGGAUGGUAAGAAUACUUUGUUUUGGUUGGAUGAUUGGUUGGGUAAUGGUACGAUGGCUUUCAAUUUCCCUCAUCUUUUUGAACUUGACAAACGAAAGAGCUGCUUUGUUGCGGAAAGAGUUGGCUAUGAUAGGCUGAAGUGGGAUUGGAAAAGGAAACCCAACACUGUGAUUGAGCGUGAGGAGUUGGAUUUAUUAGUUAGGCUUGUGGAACGGGUGCAAUUUUCUUCAGAACCUGAUAAAUGGAAGUCGAGAUUUUCGGGGGAUGGAGGUUUCUAUGUUCAUGACUUGCGUAGUGUGAUUGAGGAUUUGAAUGCCCCUGUUGUUUACAACCCAACGGUUUGGCUUAAGAUUGUUCCACUAAAAGUUUCAAUUUUCGUUUGGCGUGCAUGUAUGGAUCGUAUCCCUACUGCGAUGGCUUUGGCGCGUAGAGGUGUAAAUGGUAUAUCGACGUCUUGUUUACUUUGUAACGUGGGAAUUGAUGAGGCGAACCAUAUUCUUUUGCAUUGCCCUGUUGCUCGGGAUGCGUUGAUGUGGCUGCUUAAUUGGUGUAACAUCCAACCGCCUGCUUUCAAUGGUGUUGGGGCACUAGUAAAAUUUGCUGGGUGUUGGGGUUCCUGCCCGAAAAGAAGGAAGAUCUUAAUCGCCUUAUGUUAUGGGUUCUUAUGGUGUGCGUGGAAGAUAAGGAACGAACGGAGGUUCAACGACACUUGUAGUUCGCAGUCAAAAUUGGCGGAUAAUGUUGUUUCUUUAGUGUUUGGUUGGGUGAAAUACAGGGGAAAUUUUGAUAGUUGUAAAUGGGAAGAUUGGUGUAUUUCCCCUUUUAAUGUUUUGUAA